CCAGUCUGUGCAAUGGCAGAGAGAAAGGACACGAAGCCUUAUCUCGCUGAAGACGCUGGCUCUGAACUCGGGGCAUCACAGCGGCGCUUUCCGCCGGGUAUUGGACAAUAUUUUGCAGGGCUUGGCUUUCAAAUCAAUGCUGCAAACUCUCUGCCCGCCCCUCACUCGUUGGGGAUUUCCUCUCCUUCGUUGCCAACAGCAGCGACAGCCAAGCGCAGAAGGUCAAGCGGAGAUCUGUGGACAAGGGCAGGGGGCCCAGGCCCGUGCCGGCAUGAGGCGCUGAGGGCCCGCGGGGAGCUGCGCGGUGGAGGGAGGAGGAGGCAGGCAGCAGGAGGAGGAGUUGAGGAGCGCGGGCCCGGGAGCCUCCCCGCUUGCUGCACUAGGAAGUGACGCUUUCGCUGAGUCCCGGAGAGAAAGAAACAAAGUUUGUUUUUUUUUCCCCCCUCCUUCUUCGCUCCCGCCCCCCUCUGCAAACAGCCGCUCCACGUUCCCCCGCGGCGCCCGCCGUGCCGCGCUGCGCAGGACUUGUAACUAAGUGGACCCUACUGACCUCUGAACCACAGAGUAUAAGAGUGAAAAGAAGUGGGAAAAGCACACAAAGAAAAAGGAAGUGAAUGCACUUUCAUCUGGACUUCUUUCCUACCCUUUAUUACUGAAGCUGAAUGGAAAAGAAAGACUGCUGUGCCUUUCCUCCCCCAGCCUCAGGGAUGGGUGGAUUAUAAAUACUGUGCGUGUCUGGGAGAAUAGACUGAACCAUGAAUCUUCAGGCUCAGCAAAAGUCUUCAAGCAAACGGACUGGGAAACGAGUUGCCUAUUUUAAUGAGCAGGACAUAGCAGUGCCAUCAAAAGAACCACAGCAGCAGCUUAAGGAAGGACAGUACUAUGGUCAUGGAGGGAAUAUACCAGUCUCCCAAACUAUGGAGAUUUCUCAUCCAGGGGGAUUAACAAGCGCACCCAACAAUGUUGCUUUGAUGAACUCUGUUUACAAUCAAGAUAGGGGAGAAUCAGUGAUGAUGCCCCAGUCAGUAACAGCUGUCAAAUGGCAGAAUUCACUAAUGGGAAACCGGUUGCCAGAGAGGGGUGACAGCCACUGGCAGUCUCCACCUUCAAUGUGGAACCACAGUAUGGUUUUUGGGGGCAAUCCAAAAGGACCUCACUCCAACGCUGGCGCCCCAGGCUUCUAUGGCCACCCAGAAGCCCUUAAAAGAAAUCAAGAGAAAGGAGUGUUUGUGUCACAGCUGGAUUUGUAUGGAGAUGCUGUCCAGCAGAUGAUGUCCCAGAAGGCUCAGCUGGAACAGCAAGCCCUAGUUAGACAACAAGCUCAAAUUAAUUCUUUUCAUCAAAUGCAGAAACAGCAGCAGCAAAAUCAAACUCUGCCAUUGCAGCCUUUCCAACUUGCAUUUGGUCACCAAGGCCAAAAGCAAGGUCUUCCUGAGCUGUUACAUGUCUUUCAAGAAGCCCCAACUUCUUCCAGUCCAGCAUUUACUGCACAACAAAAACAGCAAGCUCUUCCCCAGCUACAGCUCUUUGAAAAUUUCUAUCCUCAACAGCAGCAGCAGCAGCAACAGGCUGCCACACAAGCCUUUGGUCUGCAGCAAACAACUUCUAUAGCACAGCCUCAUGUGGCAGCUGCAGCACCUCAGCAUCACAUGAUGCCACACCAGUUUCAGCAAUCAGAGAGGAACCAGGAGCUAUUCAAGGCAUUAACAGAGCAGAACCAACAGACUGUGCUACCUCAGACGCAGAUUCCCUUUCCAAGAAGGUCACGGAGACUCUCCAAAGAAGGUGGCCUGCUGACAUCUGCAGGAGAAGUGUUGACUUCUAAGCAGGCAGAAGAACAACCUAGCAAUUUAUUUCUGCAUCACUGGCAAACACAUCAGCAAGAGGUCCCGUUACAGCAAACACCUGAGUCACUGGCCCACAGUAAAAGUAGCUAUUUGCACCCCAAAAGAUUGGAUCUGGGGCAGAAGGAUGUCCUGGUGAAUAGUGAGCAAUGCCAGAUGGAAGCAGACAGGCAAGCUGCAGCCCAGAAUGGUAGAGAUGAGGAGAAGCAGGCAGCAGCACCUGAAGAACACAGUCAGAGAACUAAUGAUUUUCAGAAUAUCAGAGGUGGUGUAAUCCAGAGUACCCGUAGGAGGCGACGUGUUUCUCAAGAAGCCAAUUUGCUGACUUUGGCUCAAAAAGCUGUUGAGCUGGCUUCCCUUCAGAAUGUAAAGGAGCUGGAUAAUUCAGAGGAGAAGAAGAGUGUACUAGUAACAGCUCCAGGACCUACUGCAGCUUCAAAGAGUGUUGUGGAAUUCGCCAGUUCUUCACCAGCUCCCAAAAAAGCCCGGGAGGAUAACAGCCUUGUGCCUCUUAUCAUUCCUGUGUCUGUGCCAGUGAGAAAAAUUGACUUGCAGAGCCUUGAAAAGGAAAAGUCUGAGGAUGGAAAGCUCCAGAGAGGGCAAACAAAUGAUCGAGCUCCUUGUGAAAGGAAACCUUCUGUGAUAGUCACUCGGAGGCGAUCUAAUCGUAAUACUAACAUGGAGACCUCGGGUCAGCAUGAAGAUCCUGUUCCAAAGGAUGAAGCAGAGGGCUUUGCCCGAAAACCAAAGCAGCGUCCAAGACCCGAGCCACUCUUCAUACCACCAAAAGCCGGCACCUUUAUUGCACCACCUGUUUAUUCCAACAUUACUCCAUAUCAGAGCCACUUACGGUCACCUGUCCGUCUGGCAGACCAUCCUUCAGACAGGAACUUUGAGCUACCUCCUUACACUCCUCCCCCAAUCCUUAGUCCAGUGAGAGAAGGAUCUGGGCUGUAUUUUAACGCUAUCCUCUCUUCAAGCGGUCAUUCAGUUGCACCUCCAAUGACACCCAAAAGUGGUCACAGAACUCUGCUUAGAUCAAAUAGUUCUGAAGUUACCCCUCCGAUUCUUACGGUAGUGGGGGAAGCGACCCCAGUCAGCAUUGAACCGCGAAUAAAUGUAGGAACUCGCUUUCAAGCAGAAAUCCCAUCACUCCAAGACAGAUCUCUGGCAGAAACUGAUGAACAUAAAGCAGAGCUGGUGUGGCAGCCAUGGGGUGACUUGGAAACCAACAAAGUCACCCAAGAGAAUGUGGAAAACCUGCUAGCUGCUGCCUGUUCAAGCAUUUUUCCUGGGGCUGGAACCAACCAGGAGCUGGCGUUGCAUUUCUUACAUGAAGAAAAGGGAAGCAUUCUGGGAGCUCUGACCAAACUGCUGUUGAAGAAGCCAGUGCGACCACCUACCCACCCUUUGGCAGAUUAUCACUACACAGGAUCAGACAAGUGGAAGGUUGCCGAAAAAAAGCUAUUCAACAAAGGCAUUGCAAUCUACAAGAAAGACUUUUUCUUGGUCCAAAAGCUUAUAAAAACCAAAACAGUGGCUCAGUGUGUGGAAUUCUACUACACAUACAAGAAACAGGUGAAAAUUGGUCGGAAUGGGACCUUAAUCUUUGGGGACAUUGAUGGUGCUAAUGACAGAUCUAUGAAAGAUGAAGCUGAAGUUGACAUCAAGAGUUCCCAUAGGUUUGCACGUGUUCUUCCUCUCAGAAGGGACAUCUUCAGUGAGGAACAGGGGCAUGUGGAGGAGGAAGAGGAAGAGGAGGAAGAAGAGGAGGCAGAGGAAGGAUUGGAUAACAGAAAGAGGAGUGCCGAUGCUCUGAAAGAUGAACAGACACUACAGGAUGGUGUAAUAGCCAGCGACACCAAUAUGAGGAGUCACGAGGCAACUGUCACAGGCAGAAUUGGGAGGAAGCCAAGGGAGACAACAGUCAAGCCUCGAAAGCCUAUUACUGCUCCAGUGCAGAGGAAGAAGAGGAAACAGAAGAUAAAACCAGAUGCUACCAGUAAAACACAAAACACAGAAAACACAUUUCCAUGUAAAAAAUGUGGCAGGGUGUUCUACAAGGUGAAGAGCCGCAGUGCUCACAUGAAGAGCCACGCAGAGCAGGAGAAGAAGGCGGCGGCGCUGAAGCAGCAAGAGAAGGAGGCGGCAGCGGCGGCGGCAGCCCGCAGCCAGGCCCAGCAAGAAGAGAGCAGUGACACUGGGAGCAGCAGCAGCGGGAGCAGCAGCACCAGCUCGGAUGAAGAUGGAGAAAUAUAGCAGCAGAUCAGAAGUGGAGGGAGUAGCAAGGCUGGACCCAACCUCCCUCUCUGUGGUCUCACUUUUUUUUGCUUGCACUUUUCUUACCCGAACCAUCUGGUUUUGGUUUCAGUGCUGCCAUUUCCUCAUGCCACAUGUUCCACUUCACCUUGCCAGUACUGACCACACCAGAAUGGUGGAUAACAAGAUUUGUGUCAACUUGGAUUUUUUUUUUUUUUUUUUAAGACUGAUAAGAUUUCUAUUCUAUUUAUAAUGAUAUCCGAGGUACAUCAUAGAACAAUGUCACCUGCAGUGGAAGUAAGUUCUCUCAGGUCAGUCAGACCUUUCUUUUUGUUCUUGUCAGGAAUCGUGGUAGUAGGACUCUUGGAUAUAAAGGUUUCCAUACUGGAGCAAGAAAAUUAAGCUCUACUCUGAGCUAAGUGUAUCCAGUUACUGUGACACUGGUGAUUUCUAGUUGUUUCCUUUCUCAGCAAGUUCUUCUUCCUUUUAUGCUUUCCUGCAUUUCUUUCUGAGCAGCUAUUCAGGCAGACAGCAAGUUUUGUGGAAAGAUGGUGUGCACUUUUGACCUCUGUUUCACAAAAAUGAAAAGCAGGAUGAGCAAGACACUCUUCUUCCUUUUGAGAGGAAGUUUUAUUUUUCAAAUGGAAGCUAAAAAGAAAAACUGAGGUCAGUUGUCUUAUGGCAUUAAGAACAUAGCAAUGGAUAUAAAAAUAUCCUGUGGGAUAAGAGUAGCCACAGGCCUUGCAGGUUGGCUCAUCUUGGAAAACAAAAUAGUCAGCCUUUGAUUAACUUAAAGGAGUCUGGGCUUCACAAGUGGAAUUUGAAAUGAAAAUUGCUGGGUUUGAAUUUAUAUAAAUGGGAGCAAGUUUGUUAGUGAAAAUGAACCCAGAUCUUCUUGUGUGCUAGAUUAUGUGCAACUCAAAAAUGGGAGGAGUGGAGUCUCAUCUCCAGCAGUCAUCCCUCUGUGAAUGCUUUUACCUCUCAAUAUCCUCUUCUGUCUUGUAGCAGCCCUCAUGUACUCUUUGAAAUUGCCAUCAUCAAGCUUUUAUGGCAGGGCCCUAGUUUCCCAGGCAGUUGCUGUCAGACAGUAUGUACAGGAGAAGCUUGUCACCUAUUUGCACACCAGUGGCAGGGCAGUGCUGCUUGCUGGGUUGUCCUGCUAUGAGCUGUUCUCUUUGCUGAAAGGCUGAUUAUUCCUUCAGAACUGACACAAGCUAGUAGCCCAAAAAGUCUAGUCACCAAAACCUGCUCGUGAAAGAGAGUUAAGAAGUGGCCCAGGUGACAGAUGUUAAAUUUGCACAGGAUUGUUCCAUACAUCUUUAUAGCCCACAUUAAUCAUUAUUUUGUAAGGAUGCAGAGAAUCACUUGUGCUUCAUGGCCAGCUGGUGCCAUCCUGUAGCCUGGCUGCCCAGCUUCCUCCCUCCAUCCACUGCUUAGGAGCAGCACUGAUCUCCAUCUUCUCGGGUGCUGGCACUGUGUCAGACCAGACAAUACUGAAGGAGCUGAUUGCCCUUGUCUUCCCCAGCAGGGAUCCAGGAGAUGUUGUUGUACAUGAACUACUGAGUGUGCCUGACUGGCAGAUUUUUUAAAUUUAAAUCUUGACCCUUCCAGCUGCUAGAUAAAUUCCUGGUUAACUAUAGAAAGAGGCUUUAACUCCAGCAUGUCGUCUGUCAGUCUUCUUGCCCUGUAGUUUUAUGCAACCAUGAUGGCUUCACUCUUUUGUUUGGGAGGCUUUGUAUUGUACAGCGUUUGCUUUGAUAUAUCUAUGCCUUUGCAUAGAAUCCUUUUUCUGAAUAGCAGAAACAGUUACUACUCUUACAAAAUCAGGAGGAACAUCAUUAAGGACUGCACUCUUUGCAAAGUUGACAGUUUCACCUGUAAGUGUUCAAUUUUCUGUCAAGAUUGUAUUUUUCAUUCCUAUCAAAACUGGGGUUCCUUUCAGCAUUUGGAUGACUGUUCCAUGUUCCUACAUGGAAUGGAUCUUGUUGACUAACCAAGAAGCACAUGACACAUUGUGAACUGUUAAAAUAAUUCAAAAACUGCAACGAACUAAAAGCUGCUUCUUUAAAAAGAAGAUUAAGCAAAUCAGUCUUCCUCUUAAGGAUUUCAGUGUUGAUUUUUAUAUUUUUUUCUUUCAUUAACUGGGGGAAAUGCUUGUCUGCCAUUAUCUUAGAGCCCUUGGAGAGAAUAGAAGCUUUAGCACACUGUGUCAGGAGAAACAGUAGGUGAAGCAACUGCAAGCAUUAUUAGUCUUCCAAAGGCCAGAUCAUUCUCUGAUUCUCCCUAUUUUAGGAAACUGAUAUCAUUUUUCCUCUUCUCAAGGACAAGCUGUUGAGGUGCUGAUUAGAACAAAUCAGAGAUUUUCUUUACUUGCAUAAAAAUGUUGUGUAUAUUAUGUUCUGAUUCCAGUACUGGUUGUUUCUCUCUCACCCUGCUGCAGUUUAAGUAGAAUAGAACAGGAAGACUGGAUACAGUCUGUUACUGGAAGAAAAUCAGAAAAGGGCUUUUCUGAGGAUAACCUCUAUAGCAACUAUGGGUCAGCAGGGAUGACCACAAUCAGGUAAAUGUGCUAAGUAAGUGGAGUCAAGUCGGAAUGUUUCUGAGCAUACUUCCAAAUUGCUGGUAGGUAUCACGGCAGGUUCCAGCCGGGCUGAGCCCGGUGGGGUGCCAUGGCCAGGAUAACUCAGUGGAGGCUCACACCACUGCUGACC